GUAAACAUGUCAGUGAUCUCGAUGUAAAAAUUAAAACAACAAUUAGAAUAUGUCGAACGAGUUACACUACUGUCGUUGAGUAUACUGCUUAAAAUUUGCGUUAUAAAGCUAUCAUCACAAUAAAAGAAUCACAAGUCAAAACAUCUCCCUAGAGUCCGAAAUACGGCUAUGAGUCAUCUAGCCGAACAAGUAACAUUUAAGUAAGAAGUGAUCCUUGGAAUCUGAUUGCAAACGUACCAUCAGCAUUGAUAUUCGGUGCAUAGACCGUUGUGUUUAUCAAAAUGGAUGUGCGGUCUCAAGAUCCAUCAACCAGACUCAGAACCUUGACAAACUUUGCUAGUAGCAUCAAACUUGAAAGUAGAGUUCCCAUCCAAAGGUAUUUUCGUUCUGGAACAGAAAUGUUAAGAAUGGCUGACGUUUACUACAAGGAAGGCAGUAUUGAAAAUGCCUACACCUUGUACUUGAAGUUUCUUACGAUUUUUGUAGAAAAAAUCAUUGAACAUCCAGAAUACCAUACAUUGUCAACCACUGAGAGAUCUCAAUUUAACCCAAAAAUUAAGGAGGUCUUCCCGAAAACUGAAACACUGAAGCAAAAAUUGCUUCACAUAUUUCAGCAAGAGCAUGACUUGUAUGAAGAGGAGAUGGCCAAGAAAAAACAAGAGGAAAUUCUGAGAUUGGAAAAAGAAAGGGAGGCGAUACGAAUAAAGAAAGAGGAUGAAGAACGACGAAGGCAGUACCAAGUGGAGAAGGACAAAUCUUUGGUGUACGUUGGGCAUCGACCAUCAAAUGAAAAAUCUGUUCCGGCAAAGCCAGACGGACUAGCCCCCAUUUUCUCGACCAACAACUUGUACCCUAGCAACUAUGUGCCUUCAGCAACCCACGAAACGAAAGUUGCUGCAAAAGAAGUGCCUGGAUUUGACCGCAACCUCAAACCGCGAACGAUUUUUUUAGGGCCAUCUGGAUUGAGAACGGUAGUUUUACCCGCUUCAGUUCUGGAUGAGUUUGUUUCCUUGGCUGAUUCCAACACUAAAAACAACGUCGAAACAUGCGGAAUUCUUGCGGGAAAAUUGGCGCAAAAUCAGUUUCACAUCACUCAUUUACUAAUUCCCAAACAAAAGGGCACAUCCGAUUCGUGCACGACGCAGAACGAGGAGGAGUUGUUUGACGUGCAAGAUAAACACAGUCUUGUUACGUUGGGAUGGAUUCAUACUCAUCCAACGCAAACGGCUUUCCUAUCUAGCGUCGACCUGCACACCCAUUGCUCUUACCAGCUAAUGAUGCCGGAAGCCGUAGCAGUCGUUUGCGCUCCGAAAUAUAACGAGACUGGAUAUUUCACUCUAACCACUAACCACGGUUUGGAUUUGAUCGCCUCGUGCCGACAGCAGGGCUUCCAUCCUCAUCCAUCAACUCCUCCAUUAUUUGAGGUCGCUAGUCACAUUCAGAUUCAUCCAACCGCUCCAGUAAGUGUUGUCGAUUUAAGGAAAAUCUAAAGAAAGGAAUAAUAAAAUUAAUGAAUGAUGAAAUGAUCAUAUGCUAAAAGCUGUUACCUAUUACAUUAAAAAAUCAAUGUUUUUUUACGUGUAUAAUCUGUAUUUUUUUCUUCGCAAUAUAUAAGUGACAGACUGCAAUCCGUCCACACAUACAUAGUUUUACAAAACUCGUCAUGUCCCAUUUUUCACCUGUAGAGUACAAAAAAAAUGUGCCCAAAACUAACCUUUAAAAAACGGAAGAGACAAUCAAGUGAAUGGCUGGAAAUAAGCACGCAAUAUCAUGAAGGUGAACGUCUAAAUGGGCUGACACAGCAUUCGGGGGGAGACUCUUGAAAAGCUGGAACAACAUUCGUGAGUACAGGUCAGAGAAUGUAUUGGCCGCUAUCGAAAAUUUUUCAAAGAAAAGGAAAUGAUUAAUACGGGAAGCUGUUAUAAUGCGUCAAGGCGGGCUGGUUGCUUUGUUGUUUCUUUUUUUUUUGUUUUUUCUUCUCUUUUCUUUCCGCUUAAUUGUCUUUACGUAGAAUUUAGGGCAACAGAUGAACUCGAUCACUGAAGUGAACAUAAAAAUAGAGGACUUACUUUGCGUAGCAUAUAUAUAGGAAAAAGCCCAGUACUGUAGCGGAAAGAAAAAGAAA